AUGCUUGUUCUGCUCUUAUUGCUUCCUGCUGCAGACGGCAACAAAUUGAAAACAUUCAAAAACCAGGGCACUCGCGGGCAGAAAAAGCUGCACGAAAAGACCCGCGACGGGUUGCUGCUGCACACUGCAGCAGUAGCAGCAACGCUGCAGCUGCUGCUGCUGCCAAACACAGCAGGAACUGCUGCUGCUGCUUCCACCUCAACAUCUCCUUUGUUGUUCACUGAGGCCCCCACAUUGAAGCUUUGCUGCCGCUCUUCUACAUGCAGCACCACCAGGGCCCCCCCGGGGGGCCCUCCUUGGGGCCCCCCCGGGGGCCCCCCAGGGGGGCCCCCAAGGGGCCCCCCCAGGGGCCCCCCCUGGGGUGCCCCCGGGGGGGCCCCGCUGUGCACCUCGCUGGCUGUUCUUGUGAAGAUGUUCAGAGAUGAUAAAUUCGCAUGCACUGCGUCCAGCUCCAGCAGCAGCUCCCGCACGGUGCUUGCGCCUGCAGCAGCAGCAGCAGCAGCAAAAGCAGCAGCAGCACGGAGUUGGAGGGAGCGACAGCAGAAGCAGCAACGCCGCCAGCUGCAGCUGUGGGGACGCUUCUGCAGAAGCAGGAGCACCAGUGCCAACAGCAACAGGGAAAACCAGCAGCAGCAGCAGCAGCAGCAGCAGCUGAACAGCUUCAAGCGCAACUGCGCAGGGAGCUAG